GCCACGUACCUAUUUCAAGUUGUAUCGAAUACAUUUGAGCAUUGCCAACUUUCUUAAAUUUAAAUAUAUGGCAAUGCUAUGUUCCAAGACCACUACAUCUAGGCAUCUUUUCCGAUCAAAAUGUCUUGUCCUAUUAGUCUUUAUGGUGAGUUGCAGUCCUCCAGAAGACCCCAUUCAAUGUUCAUCAAAUAAUUCCACCUGCACCAUCACAAAUUCUUAUGGCAUGUUCCCCGAUCGAAGCGUGUGCAAGGCAGCCACCGUGUCGUACCCUACCUCAGAACAAGAGCUGAUUUCUGUAGUAUCAAUGGCAACAAUUGCCAAGAGAAAAAUGAAAGUUGCAACGCGUUUCUCUCAUAGCAUUCCCAAGCUGGUUUGUCCAGAUGGAGAAGAUGGGUUGCUCAUUAGCACCAAAUAUCUCAAUAAGAUUUUGAAAGUUGAUGCUCAAGCAAUGACAAUAACAGUGGAAAGUGGGGUGACUUUGAGACAGAUAAUUGAGGAGGCCACCAAGGCCGGGCUAGCCUUGCCUUAUACACCAUACUGGUGGGGCUUGACAAUUGGUGGGCUAAUGGCAACAGGAGCUCACGGGAGUACGUUAUAUGGUAAAGGGAGUUCAGUUCAUGAUUACGUUGUUGAACUAAGAAUUGUGAGUCCAGGAAGUGCAGAAGAUGGAUAUGCUAAGGUCCGGGUGCUGAAUGAGACUUAUCAAGAUCUUCAUGCGGCUAAAGUUUCACUGGGUGUUCUUGGAGUUAUAUCUCAGGUCACUUUAAAGUUGCAACCCCUCUUCAAGAGAUCCAUCACGUACCUUAUGAAGAAUGAUUCGGACUUGGGUGACGAAGCGGUUAGUUUUGGAAGGCAACAUGAGUUCGCAGACAUAAAUUGGUACCCCAGUCAACGCAAGGCAAUCUAUCGAAUUGAUGACCGUGUUUCCUCUAACACAUCAGGCAACGGACUAUAUGAUUACAUUCCAUUCCGCUCCACCUUGACACCUCAAUUGGCGAUCGUCAGAACUGCAGAGGAGAUACAAGAAUCAACAAAUGAUGCUGAUGGCAAGUGCAUUGGGGCAAGGCUAGUGACUUCAACGUUAGUGAGCAAUGCGUUUGGCUUAACAAAUAAUGGUAUACUCUUUUUGGGCUAUCCUGUAAUUGGAUUUCAGAAUCGACUCCAAUCAUCGGGGACCUGCCUUGAUAGUCUACAAGACACAUCGAUCACAGCAUGCCCUUGGGAUUGUAGAAUCAAGGGCGAGUUCUUCCAUCAAACAACUUUCUCUAUUGGAUUGUCUGUCGUCAAAAACUUCAUUGAAGAUGUACAAAAACUAGUUGCAUUAGAACCUGAAUCAUCAUGUGGUCUAGAGCUUUACAAUGGAAUUCUCAUGCGCUAUGUUACAGCUUCGAGUGCUUACUUGGGAAAACAAGAGGAUGCAAUAGAUUUUGAUAUCACAUAUUACCGAAGCAAAGACCCAAUGAAUCCUAGGCUUUAUGAAGAUAUUCUUGAAGAAAUUGAACAAAUGGCAGUGUUCAAGUAUGGAGGACUGCCCCACUGGGGAAAAAAUAGGAACCUAGUGUUUGAUGGGGUGAUAAAAAAAUACAAAAAUGCCGAAAAAUUCUUACAGGUUAAAGAGAGGUACGAUUCUUUAGGGCUCUUCUCCAGUGAGUGGACAGACCAAGUUCUUGGAUUGAAAGGUAGGGUGAAUAUAGUGAAUGAUGGAUGUGCACUUGAAGGAUUGUGUAUAUGCUCACAAGACAGUCACUGUGCCCCUGCCAAAGGCUAUUUGUGCAGACCUGGCAAAAUUUAUACGGAUGCAAGAGUUUGUGUUCGAAUAAUUUCUUAAAGACUCAUUUGAUUCUAUCUGUGAGACAAUAUAUAUGUGAUCUCUUAAUUUCUUAACAACUCAUUUGAUUCUAUUUGUAAGACAACAUAUAUGUGAUCUCUUAUGGUUAAAGGCUUGAAGCUUCCAAGACCGAGCCUGAGGUUUAUCAUUUUCUUUUAGGAAUAUUAUUUACUAUAUCCCAAAAUUGCACCUAUUUUAUAGACUAUAGUUGCUAUGUCGACAAUAAAAUAUCUGUGUCUUGAAACUGA